GCCCCGCGGGCCGCAUCGACGCGCCUUCGGACUACCAGUCCCAGCGGGCUGCGGUGCUGCGCUGCGGUAUCUGGGCCGGCAGCCGGCAUCGGGGUUCUGGGAACUGUGGGCUGACUCCGGGAGCUGUGGGUCGGCGUGGACGGGACCGGACGGGACAGAGAGCCCCAGCUCUACUGCCUGCGGAGCGGCGGAACCCAUUAGCUCGGCGGAACCAAUAAGCCGGGAUCGCGGCGUGGGGGGGCGUGCCGGAAAGGCCCGCGCCGGGCGGAAGGCGGGAGGCGGCGCGGCGGUUCUAGCAGCUUCCACGGGCGCUCGCAGCGGAGGCGGCAUUCCCGGUCCCGAUGGCUAAGUGGGGGGAGGGAGACCCGCGCUGGAUCGUGGAGCAGCGGGCGGACGCCACUAACGUCAACAACUGGCACUGGACGGAGAGGGAUGCUUCCAACUGGUCCACGGAGAGGCUGAAAGCUCUGCUCCUGCCUGUCAGGGUGGAGGGUGAGGAAGGGGCGUGUGAGGUGACAGAAGUGAGCAAACUGGAUGGAGAGGCCUCCAUUAACAACCGCAAAGGGAAACUUAUCUUCUUCUAUGAGUGGGCUAUCAAGCUAGCAUGGACUGGAACCUCAAAGACAGGAGUGAAGUACAAAGGUUAUGUGGAGAUUCCUAAUCUCUCGGAUGAAAAUGACAUUGAUGAAGUUGAGAUCCUUGUCAGCCUUGCUAAAGAUGAGCCUGACACUAACUUGAAGACCCUGAUGAAACAAGAGGGUGCAAAGAAAAUUAGAGAUGCAAUAAAAACUUACAUCAGCACUCUCAAAACGGAAUUCACCCAGGGCAUGAUUUUGCCCACAGUGAAUGGUGAACAUAUGGAAACAGCACCUCAACUGGCUCCUAAAGCAGAAGACCGCAAGACGGCUGCCAAGAGCAGUACUGCCACAUCGCAGCCCAAAUCCGUAGGAGUCAAGAUCCCAACCUGUAAGAUCAGUUUGAAGGACACCUUCCUAACAUCUCCUGAGGAGCUCUACCGCGUAUUUGUGACUCAGGAGAUGGUCCAAGCUUUCACCCACGCACAAGCCACCUUGGAGGCCGAUAAAGGAGGCAAGUUUCAGUUGCUGGAUGGCAGUGUCACAGGAGAGUUUGUUGACCUAGUUCCUGAGAAGCAACUUGUUAUGAAAUGGAGAUUUAAAUCUUGGCCAGCUGGGCACUUUGCAACCAUUACCUUGAACUUCAAUGACAAAGGUGGAGAGACAGAGGUGUGCUUGGAAGGCAAGGGUAUUCCUGCCAGUGAGGAAGAAAGAACAAAGCAAGGCUGGCAGCGCUACUACUUUGAGGGCAUUAAACAGACAUUUGGUUACGGUGCCCGCUUGUUUUAAUACUGGUUGCUGGGAGGCUCUGCCUGAAGACUCUGCCACAUGGACUGAUAAAUUUCUUGCCGGUUCCUUUCUAAUCUUGGCCCUGCUGCUGAGUAAAGUGGGAUGACAGGUGAUGAGGAAGGCCAUGGAGCAGCACCACUUUCAGUCCCUCACUGCUUUAUGCAUGUCUUGUGCUGCAGGGGAUUCUCUUACAUGUACAUACUUCUAUUGCUAAAUAAACCUAACUUAAAAAAACA